AUGGAACUCUUCCAACGCCUCGACGAUGACAUCGCAAACCUUAUCAUCGGCCAUGGUCUCCUGAACCUAGAAACUCUCCGUUUCGCUACUGAUGAGGAAGUCCAGAGCGCGGCCACUCUGGCUCUGCAAAUGGCAGACCCCGACAUGCAGCUCGCCAUUGCCAUGCAGCAGAGCAUCGCUGUAGACCGACGAUCACCCAACGGCGACGAUAAUCCCAACGACCCCCGCGAGCCCGGGCCAAGACGGUACAUCCCCUGGGAAGAGCGCAACCGCCUCCUCGCCGAAAGUAGGCCCAGCAGUGCAGCGUCCUCUGAGGCCGAAGAAGGCGAUGACCGAGGGCCUGACUGUGUUGUCUGCGCCGGUGGCCGGCAGCCCAAGAGCUGCCUCCCCUGCGGUUGCUGGAUGUGCCCGCGGUGCCUUCGGGCCUGUAUCCGGGCGGGCCUGCGGCCGGGGAGCUGGCCUCCGCGGUGCUGCGAGCCGCUGCACCAAGAGCAAAUCGAGCUGGCGGACCGGAGCCGUCCUGGAUUAUUGGGCUUGUACGAGCAGAUCAGGGUGGAGAACGAGACCAGCGGCGACGAGAGGGUGUACUGCGCCAGGCCGGCGUGUGCGUCGUUUAUACCGCCUCGGGGACCGCACGUCAGGGAGGAUGAGAUGGAGUGCCCGGCGUGCGGCGAGGGGACGUGUCGACGGUGCAGGCAGGCCAUACAUCCUGGGCGGCCGUGCCGGGAGGAGGAUGAGGACGAGAUGCUGAUGGACGCCAUGGACGCGUAUAGCCUCUCGCCUUGCCCGCGGUGUCGCCGGAUCAUCGAGCUGGCGGCCGGAUGCCAUCACAUGACGUAA